AUGCCAGUUGGUACACCCAAGAAAUCAGUCAACUUGUUGCUUGGAAAGGUUCUAGAGAAGAAGGUGUUGACAUGGCUGGAGGGUGUGAUCCAUUCAUCAUUGGCACCAGCAAAUGCAUUCGAUGUCAUUCAAUGGAUGGUCGAGAAUUUUGGAGAAACCGAGGUGAUUGAUAUUGUUAAGGCUGCAGAGGACUAUCCAUCAUUGUAUAAGAGUGGGGAAGUUGGAAUGAUCCAAAUGUCAAAGAUAGUCAAACACUACUCAAUCAGAUCACUUUCACAAGAUCAUGUGAUAAAGAUGGUUUCCAAUAAUAGACCGAGAUCACAUCAUAGAGCUGGUCUGUUGGCAAAGAUCCAGAUGAAGGAAGGAAAUCCACUCCCAUCCCCUGAUGACUACAUGGCUGAAAUCAAGGCGUCUGUUAUCAAGAGGUAUCCUCAACUUCAACCUGGUGACCAAACUCAGGAGUUGUUGGUUGAUUGUAUCACAGCACAUUUGAUAGAGAUCGAUGUAUUGACUAUGCUCAGCAGAGAAUGUUUGAACGUUUGGAUCAAAGAUGAAUUGAAACUUGCCAAGAUCCUCCAAGUGCCCAUGUCAACAUUGAUCGAUCAUCUCAUUGAAAAUGCUCCACCAAUCUCCCGAGUGUCAUUGGUCAGCCAAACUCCAAUAUUGCCAGUGGCCGAUACCAAUCCAGUCACCAAGGAGAAGAUUGUUACUAUGAUGGUCAUGACACAUGGUACUGCGGAACAAGUUGAUGAGCUUAUCACAUUGAUGGCCGAGAACAAGAUCAAAGAUGUCCAAUCCACAGACUUGUUGGUCACCUCAAUGUCCGGUCUAUUGUCUCGCAAGGAUGAUGGAGUACUGACAAUGAAGGCGAUUAGAACACUUGAGAGCAAGUUCCCUGGUCUGCCACUCUUCAGUACAACAUGUAGAAUGUUCCAUGCUAGAAAUCUCAUACCUGGAACCAAUGAAGCACUCAUCUAUCUCCUGGACAACGUCCCCAACUGGGGCUGUGAACUUAUUACUAUCAAGAAUCCAACUCUUGUCAAGAGGUUUGGUGAUAUCAUCGUUGAUCACAUGGUUGCCCGUAACAAGAUUGAACAUCCACGAUGCCUAGACCUCAAUCCAAUGUUCCUCAACAUACUCCACUGCACAUUGAGCACCUGUGACACAAGACUACUCUGCCACAUCCUGUCAUAUGAGUCAUCAAUCAAGGCCAAGCGUAAACAGAGUCUGACCUUCUGUCAAGGAUACAAUGGCAUACUUCUGCACCUCUUUGGUCUCCAUCAAAUGAUGCAGGAGCGCAUCACAAUUGAACACGCCAAGUCAUUGAGCAUUCAAUCAAUCAAGCUAUAUCAAUGGUUCCAGUCAGAAGAGGGCCAGGCAUCAUGCAAGACUGUUCUGACUCAUGUGAGCAGGUUCAAUGUUGAAGUGUUGGCCUACGUGUUGAAGUAUGACAACAAGGAGUGUGUGUUUGAUGAGUACACAUUCGCGUUGAUGCCCUGCCAGAUGAUACCAUUGGUCAAGGAGACGUAUCCAGAUCGUUGGGAAUCAAUCUCACGCGAUCAGAUCAGAUUGUACUCAUUGGAUUUCCUCAGACGUCUGGUUCAAGUGGACCCCAGUGUCAUGGAUUGGAUUAAGAGUAACAUCAAGUCACUGUCGGUCACACUACGCAGACGACCUGAUCUAUUACUUUGGCUAAGUAAUCAGGGCGUUGGAAUGAUCGAUGAGUUGGAGGUGAUCAUUCAGAAGCAUGGUGAUCCUACUGGUGUACUUGGUAUGAUUGUCAAGAAACAACAACAAUCAUUGCAUGUUGUGCAUCCAAAUAUGAUCACUGCAUGUGAUAUCACUGGUAUGGCAAUACAAUAA